UAGUUUUUUUCUGAUUGGUCCCAGAAAUGUCUACAUGGACGCCGGCGGGGCUCUCUUUUUCAGCGGACCGCCUGUUUCGCGCCAGCAGGAUCAGUAAACAUGGUGGACGUGAUGGAGUUGUCUAAAUCGCGCAUCAACGCCAGCAUGCUAUCUCAGUUCAUUGACCGGCCAGUGUGCUUCGUAGGGAAGCUGGAAAAGAUUCAUCCCACUGGAAAAAUGUUUAUCCUGUCAGAUGGAGAAGGAAAAAAUGGAACCAUUGAAUUAAUGGAGCCACUUGAUGAAGAAAUAUCUGGAAUCCUGGAAGUAGUUGGAAGAGUAACACCCAAGGCUACCAUCAUGUGUGCAUCUUACGUCCAGUUUAGAGAAGACAACAAUCCUUUUGAUCUUGGACUUUACAAUGAAGCAGUGAAAAUUAUCCAUGAAUUCCCUCAGUUUUUUCCUUUCGGAGUUGUACAACAUGAAUCUUGAUAAACAUUUUUGUGAUUACAAGAAGCUACACUGAUGAAUAUUAAAGGAAUCCCUUCAGAUUUUAGGGAGACUUCUUUGAUUUCUAACAUUUAAUUUGUUUUUAAAAUUUCAUUAUCAAAUGUUAGAUAUUUCAAUAUGCAAUUUUUGAUGGACCUGCUAUAUUAUUAACAGUUCUCACCUAACGUUCUUUUUUUUUUUUUUUGGUAUUACAGGUCAAACCACCUAAGACCCUUUAUAAAAAAAGUUGCUACUAUGUGGUAUGGUCAGAUAAGUUGCAAAAGCAAAGCAUAUGUGGUAUGGUCCGAUAAGAUGCAAAAACAAAGCAUCUGGUCUUGUAUUUAUGUUUCUGUUUUACUAAUAAAAAUUUGAAUGGUGUAUACUAUUCAU